GAUUUUUGUUCCUCCCUCAUUUGCGGAUUGCCAGAUCUAGUAGAAUCAGAUCAGAUGGUGGCGUUCUGGUGUAUGCAGAGUCUCUGCCUACAUACUACGAAGUACAUGCAUUCAUGACCUAGUACGGCGUAUAGUAGAUGGUGAUCAAACAGCUCCCCAAAGCUGAAAUGUCAUGAACAAAGCCAAAGCAAGCCAAGUAGCACCGGCAGUCUACGGCUUAACCUCUCUGAGAUUUUUUUUAAAAAUAAGCGCCAGUACCUUUGACCUUAGUUCCCGUACCAAGGUAACAAAAAAACAUGAAAUAAAUCAGGUUGGGUGGGCUACUUACACCGUCUGUGAAACUGUGACCAGCAAGCAUACUAUGUAGGUAGCAUACACCUACAUACAUUCUGCCUUGCAAGUUGCCUUUCUUCACGAUCACCCCAUUUCCGCAUACUGGCGGUUACGUUUGGGCAUUGAGCGAUAUAAUUUCUUGGGACAUAUAAUGAAUGAGCUGUUUUUUGUUUGGAGAUCUAGGACUUUUGGUUUUUUUUGCGUUGUUCGUUGAGUAUUAAUACACUACACGCUUUACCGAUGUUAAUAGAAGCACGAACGGUUGAGAUUCACACCAACACCUACUUACUUACUUUACUGUCUUACUGUCUUACUUUCUUAAUUCUUACCUACCUCCCUGCUUAGGCACCUUAGGCUCACUAAGGGAGAGCAAGACCACCUAGGUAUAUAUAUUCUAUUAAGAGCAAUUGCCAGAAUGGACCGCAGCGGCAAAAUGCCUCACGUAGGUAUCGUCGGUGCGGGCGCCUCCGGGCUUCGAUGCGCGGAUGUCCUUCUAUCCCGCGGCUUCAAAGUAACGAUACUCGAGGCUAGGAAUAGAAUCGGCGGGCGAAUUUGCCAGUCGAAUGAGUUGGGAUACACGGUUGACAUCGGCCCGAACUGGAUCCACACCUGGGACAGCGGCGACGUGCACCCGAUCCUGAAGCUCGCCAUCGAGACCAACACGCCGCUGCACCACUGGAACGGGAAGCAGCUGAUCUACGACUCCUCGGGCCACCCCGUGCCCACCGACAAGACCGACCGCCUCUCGACCCUCCUGUGGGAGAUCAUCGAGAAGGCCUUCGAGUCCAGCUCCGCCGCCCGCGACGCCGACGGCGGCAAGAGCAUCCCUGCCCAGGAGUCCCUGUGGGAUUUCGUCAGCAAGGAGGCCGCGAAGCAGCUCCCCGCCGACGAGGAGAGCCAGCGCAUCCUCGUCCAGAUGUGCGAGAUGUGGGGCGCCUAUGUCGGCGAGCCCGUCUGGAAGCAGAGUCUGAGGUUCGCGUGGAUGGAGGAGUGCUGCGGAGGCGAGGAAGUCUUCAUCGCAUCAAGCUACGCCGCGAUCCUGAAACGGAUCUCGAAGCCGGCCCGCGAGAAGGCGGAAAUCGUGCUCAACGCCAAGGUCGUCACGGUGAUCGCCCCCGAGCGCAGUGCGAGGAAUAGCGAGGAGGUGGUGGUGCUCAAGACCGAGGACGGGCGGGACUACGCCUUCGACGAGGUGGUGAUGGCGACGCCGCUCGGCUGGCUGCAGAAGAACAUGCACACGACGUUUCAGCCGGCGCUGCCCCCACGCCUCAGCGCCGCCAUCAACAACCUGAAGCUGUCGCAGCUCGAGAAGGUGUUUGUUACCUUCCCCUCUGCCUUCUGGCUCGACGACCCCGACCCUGACCCAGCCUCAACCUCAACCUCAACCUCGGACUCGGGCCCAAACUCGGACACUUUCCCAGCCUACACGAACUGGCUCACCCCCGCCUACGCACCCGACACCAACCCCUGCGGUUGGCCCCAAGAACUCUGGAACCUCGCCGCCCUCUCCCCACCUAACUCCCAUCCAACCCUCCUCUUCUACCUCUACGGCGACUGCUCGCGCCACGUCGUCGACAGCGUCUACGGCACCACCACAUCUUCCCCCUCCACUUCCCCCACCUCCUCCCCCACCGCAACCGCCUUCCUCCGCGCCUUCUUCUCCCCCUACUACAGCCGCCUCCCACACUACGACGCCUCCCUCCCGGAGUGCCAGCCCACCGCCUUCCUCGCCAGCGCGUGGCUGAAGGACGACCUCGCCGGCAACGCGAGCUACUGCAACUUCCAGGUGGGCGUGGAGGCGGCGGACCAGGACAUCCUGGCGCUGCGGGCGGGGUGCGGGGGGAGGGGGCUGUGGUUCUGCGGCGAGCAUGCGGCGCCGUUCGAGGAGUGCGGGACGGUGGCGGGCGCGUAUCUGUCGGGGCAGGGGGUUGCGGAGAGGAUUGCGGCGGCUUAUGGGCGGUAGAUGGGCUGCUGUCUUCUCAACUUUACAC